CAUGCAAAGAAAAAGUUCAAUAGUUAAUUGUACCACAAAUUAUUUAACAUCAACUUCAGAAGAAAAGCUUCAUGUUUACAUGUUUUCAAGUGACACACAAAAGUUACAAUAUCGGUUGUAAUCUAUUCCAAAUGCGUUUGAAAAAGUAACUUCAAAUAUGGGUGUGUGUGAAAAACACUGGCCACCAGGCUGCAAAAUGCACAAGCCUCCUCGAUCAAAGUUUGAGGUUCCUAUUGAUCCCCCAUCUAUUUUUCCUGGAUGCACAUCUUCAAUGGUGCGCCAAACACAACCAAGAUCUACAAAUAUAAAUAAAAUUUCUUUAACAUCACGAAAAGCAAUACUUGAUGAGAUGGAUAAUUUCAAUCAAAUUGAUUUAAUUAGAUUUUAUGAUGUUGAAAUAAUGUUGUCUGAAACAAAAGAAAGAUAUCCUCAAUACUUUGCAUUCAUUGAAAAUUCAAAAGUUAUGUUUGAUGUUUCUCGAUCAUGUCUACCUGAAACAGUAUUUUCUGUUGAAAUUAUCUGUCAUUCACGUCAAGUUAAUAUUUAUUGUAGGCAUACAAAAGUUAACUGCUAUGACCUGCUCAGUUUUUCUCAUUGUCUUACUCGGUGGUCACAGCUUGAAGCUAUUGUCAAAAGAGUUUGUACCUCUGGUCCUGAAAUAAAAGAUGAGGUAUUAAGUUUGAUUAGUCAAAUUGAAAAUACAUAGUGACACUUCUGAAGAAAUUUCUUUCCUCAUUGAACAACUACGCCUCACCACUUAUUCUCCAAAUGGACUGUGCUUUUCUACUUUAUGUAUACGUCGUGCACUUGAACUGUAUUUGUCCUCCAGAUGUUGUUAUCGACAUUUAAGAAAUCUGCUUUGUUUGCGCAGUCCAAAGACUCUCAUUUCAAAAUUAGGAAGAGUUGGAGAAGUUGGAAAUGAAAAAGAGUGCAAUAAUACAAUCAAAGUUGUUUUUGAAAAUUUUAAUAGUUCUGAAAAGCGUUGCUGCCUUCUCUUUGAUGAGAUGUAUAUCAAACCAAGUGUUAGUUUCAGAGGAGGACACCUCAUUGGAUAUAGUGAGGACAAUCCCACUAAAAUUGCAAAAACGUUAUUUGUCUUUAUGAUUAAACCUAUGUUUGGUAAACCUUCUUUUGUUUGUAGAAUUUUACCAAUAUUUAAACUGUCAGUACACUUUCUUCACGAUUUGAUUAUAAACAUAAAUAAACAAAUAAUUGAUGCAGGAGGAGAAUUACUGUGUCUUUUAUCAGAUAGCCAUCCCACAAAUCGAAGUGUUUACCAAAGUUUCGUUGUUAAUAAAAGUUUUCCAUGGCAAGGUGUUAUAGAAAAAGAAAAACCAGUUAUUAUGCUACACAAUCCACUUGUUUAAAAGUAUAAGAAAUAAUUGGUUUACGGAAAAAACACAAACAAUUAGUUUAAAAAUUAAUAAUCAACCUCUCUCUGGUGAUUGGUCUCACAUUGUUCAAUUAUAUAACAGACAGAAAAUUUGUGUUGCCAAAACUACAAAGCUUUCACGCAAGUCAGUGUACCCUAGUUUGAUUGAUAGAUAAUGUUGCAAACAUGGUUGAACAAGAACAUGUAUUGAACAGAACAAGUAUUGAACAGUUUGCACCUUCAGCGGUUAAAAUUAUUCAGCAAAAUAGUUUCUUUGGAUGAAACUGACAUUCAUUGCUCACGCAUACAUUCAGACUGUUGCACAAUGGAUUUAAUGGAAGAAGAUAUUAUUUAUUUAGAUAAAUGUUUAAUUAAUGCAGAAAAUGAUUCUAUUAAUGAUCAGGAGAAUGCUGCCUUUUUUUAUAUGGCUGGUUAUGUACAUCACAAGAUCGAUUCGCAGCGUGUAGUUGAUAUAACAACAUCACAAUCACCUAGUUCUGAAUAUACAGAUUAUGUUUCACGUGGUAAAUUGCGUUAUCCUCAUGAUACUCUUCUCCAGUUUAUUUGUGUUUGUUAUCUACUGUUUAACAGCGUUCCAAUGUCUGAAAAAUGUUUUCAAUGUGUUGUUUAUUUAAAUUAUUUUUAUUCUUGCAUUCAACAUUACCAUUUGAUUUAGAAACAGACAGUAUAGGUAUUGCAAAAGUUAUCUCAAUAAUAACUAACUGUUUCUUGAAAGGUGUUAUGACUCUUGAUAAUACAUCUGAUAUUGUUUCAUUAAACAUUGAGGACAGAAAAAGAAAGAAACUCAAUACUUAGUGGUCUGAUUAUUUAGUUGACGUUGGUGACAUAAUUAAUAACGUUUUGAAAUGUAUUUAUG